GGCUCGGCUCGCAUUUGGCACUGGGACACCAACUCGGCCACAACAGACCAGACCAGCACGCUAGACACGUACACGAGCAGACACGCACGGUCAUACAACACGAGACAGUAAUUGAGAGUUGGCAGAGGACGGUACACUCCUCUGAAUUUUGAGCUACUACUACUACUGCUGCUACUGCUGCUACUACUUCCACUGCUGCAAUGGCCCGUGUAGCUCUGAGUGUGGUCCUUUGCCUCACUGUCGCCUCUUCUGUUCUCAGUGUGGCGGAAGGCAAAUGCUCCCAGUUCGGCCACUCGUGUUUCGGGGCGCACGGAAAGCGAGGAGGCGAGCAGUAUGGCAGCCUGGACCCCGCCGAUCUGUACCCGCCCUCCAACCAGCUGGCGGAGGUGGACGAGGCGCGCUACGCACUGGAGGAGGCGCCGGUCACCAAUCCUCGCAACAUGGUUAAGGUCCGGGACUUGAUGGACCUUCUGAGCCACCUCCUUCGUCAGCGACCGGCGCCACUCCAGCAGCAGCAGCAGCGUUCACCUCUCCCCCCUAUCCCAGCCCAGCUCGGCCCCAAUGAUGCCUACCUCCACUAGGACGCUCACAGGAGGCUGAAAUAAUAUCAUGUUAGGAUUAGGUAACAUAUUUACACAAGCUAAGGUCACCAAGUAAAUAGAGAACCAGGAUACAAGAUGACUGACUGGAAUACAGAUCGCUCUCGGUUUACACGAUAAUACAUAGACACUUUCUGGUGUCGUGGAAUAACAUUAAGAAAAAUUAUGAUGAAAUUAUGAAAUAAUACAUACAUAUAUAUAUAUAUAUAUAUAUAUAUAUAUAUAUAUAUAUAUAUAUAUAUAUAUAUAUAUAUAUAUAUAUAUAUAUAUAUAUAUAUAUAUAUAUAUAUAUAUAUAUAUAUAUAUAUAUAUAUAUAUAUAUAUAUACAUAUAUGGCAAAGGCGUUUGACUAUUAGAUUGUUCUUAAAUGUAAUGAUAUGAUAAGCGAAUAGUGCUAAUCUCUACAGUGUAUCCUUAAGAUAAAACGCUACAAAUGCAGAUAGAAAAAAAAAAAAAGACUGGAAAGAAAAAAAUACUUCUGCACCUGCAGAGCUGGAUCGUGUAAAUGAAACUCACCAAUAAACAGAAAAACAGCAAGACCCAAAAAAAUAAUUGAUAUUUAGGUAUUUAGGCGGUGCAGAAGUGAAAAACGCAUUAUCUAAUCAAUCAAUCAAUCAAUCAAUCAAAUAAUCGUGUAAACCGAGAGUCACCUUCACUCGAUGUUAUAAGAAUGUACACAAUGAUUCCAAGCGAUUAUUUUCAAAAUGCCAGUGACUAGAAGGCUGAGGAGGCGAGCUGGGGUUGAAGGGGGUACAACACUACAGUCUAGAGAGAGAUAUAGGAAUAACAUUGAUUGAAUAUUACUUAAUCUUUUUUGUGGUAGAAGUGUAAAUGCAAUGAAGAAAACUAUACAAUAAAAAGCUUGAAAGAA